AUGCCAAUUUUUGUUCUCUUCAAAGAUGCAAGGCUUGUUUUGAAAACUGAUUCAAUCGGGAUGGAGAUAUUAAGGAUGGCAUUCCCAGCAGCCUUGGCCUUAGCUGCUGAUCCCAUUGCUUCUCUCAUCGACACCGCUUUCAUUGGCCGUAUAGGAGCGGUGGAGCUAGCUGCUGUAGGGGUUUCCAUCGCCAUAUUCAACCAAGCUGCGAGGAUCACCAUUUACCCUCUUGUUAGCAUCACAACUUCAUUUGUUGCUCAAGAACAAACUCUUGCAGAUACCACCAUUCAUGCCCCAAAAUCCGACCAUCCUGAAAAUGACGGCGGCAACAAGGAGCAGAUCAUUACUCCCCAAGACUUGGAAAAAGUUUCAGGCAAAAUAACAUGUAAGCAGCCGCCAUGUGGAGAUGAUGUUACCAGUGAAGUUAAAAAAGGGAAAAGACAUAUCCCAUCGGCAUCGACUGCAAUGGUUUUUGGUUUAGUGCUCGGUCUGCUACAAACCCUGUUCCUGGUUUUCGGUGCCAAAAUUCUCCUGCUUGUUAUGGGUGUCAAACCUAAUUCCCCUAUGAUGAAACCUGCACUAAAGUACUUGACAUUGAGAUCCAUGGGAGCUCCUGCAGUUCUUCUUUCUUUGGCCAUGCAAGGGAUUUUCCGAGGUUUUAAGGAUACCAAAACACCUUUAUAUGCUACUGUUGCAGGAGAUGUAACAAAUAUCAUAUUGGACCCAAUAUUUAUUUUUGUGUUAAGACUAGGUGUUAGUGGUGCAGCCAUAGCACAUGUUCUUUCUCAGUAUUUGAUUACACUGAUCCUUUUAUGCCAAUUGGUGAAACAAGUGGAGCUUUUACCUUUUCGUAUCAAGGACCUCCAAUUUGGAAGAUUUCUUAAAAAUGGCGUUAUGUUAAUGGGAAGAGUUAUAGCCGUCACAUUUUGUGUGACAUUGUCAGCAUCAAUGGCUGCUAGGCUUGGUCCAACACCAAUGGCUGCGUUUCAAAUCUGCUUACAAGUUUGGCUCACAUCAUCUUUGCUUGCGGAUGGUUUAGCUGUUGCUGGACAGGCAAUUCUUGCGUGUGCAUUUGCUGAGAAGGACUAUAAGAAGGUGACAGCAGUGGCAGUUCGGGUAUUGCAGAUGAGUUUUGUGAUGGGAAUGGGGCUAGCUGUUGUGGUUGGAGUUGGUUUACACUUUGGGUCAGGGAUCUUCUCCAAAGAUGCUGCUGUUUUGCGCCUUAUCAGCAUAGGAGUAGUGUUUGUAGCAAGUACACAACCAAUCAACUCGUUAGCUUUCGUUUGUGAUGGCGUUAACUUUGGAUCAUCUGACUUUGCUUACACAGCUUACUCCAUGAUACUGGUAGGUGGAGCAAGCAUUGCAUCAAUAUUCCUUCUCUCCAAAAGCAAUGGUUUUAUAGGAAUCUGGGUUGCAUUAACCAUUUACAUGGCUCUGCGUGCCUUUGCUGGUAUUUGGAGGAUCGUGACUGGUACAGGACCAUGGCGCUUCCUAAGGACUCCAUUGUAAUUUGUAACCUCAAGAAGCAGAGAAAAUGAAGAAAAAAUAAUGGAAGUUAUUGUUGUUUUAAUGAAAUUUCAGCUUUGUGUAAGUGAAAGCAUAUUAAUGCUCUUGUUAGGUGUUUGAUUGCCCAGGCAUGGUUUGUUCCUUAGCCCCUUUUUUUCUUAGUUACCCCCAAAAAUAUUGCAGAUGUCUUGUAACAGUUUUAUGCACAACAAUUAAUAUGUAAUAUUUUUAAUUAUUAAUAGUUGUUUUUCUGUAGUUGUUUAUAAA